UAGAAGCCCUAUACAUAAAAUAAAAAAUAAAAUAAAAUCAUAGAAAGCCUGUGUGAGUCUCUUGCUCAACAAAUAAAGGCCACAUUCUUCCCAUUCCCACAAAAGAGGAGAGAGAGAGAGAGAGGGAGGGGGAGAGAUAGAGAGGGAAGUAAAAAUGUCAGUGGAGAAGUGUUUUCAAGUAAGCACAGUGUUUGCAGGGAGAGGAGGGGGUGUUGUACAGCAUCCAUUUUAUACAAAGGAAAAGAUUCAUUUGCCAACUUCAUCAUGCAAAGGAGGACCUUCCACUCCUCCUAAGGUUUCCAAUAGUAUUGUAUCAUUGUCUUCUUCCUCACACUCUGGUUUCGCUCCAUCUUUCAAUCGCAGAUGUCGCAGUUCGCGCAUCAUCUGCAAGGCCCGCGAAGCUGUGGAAGCUGCAGUUCAAGUGGUGACAGAUUCAAGCUGGAAAAACCUUGUCAUAGCAAGCGAAAGCCCGGUACUGGUUGAAUUCUGGGCACCAUGGUGCGGACCGUGCAGGAUGAUAGCACCGGUGGUGGAUGAAUUGGCGAAAGAGUACGCGGGGAAAAUCCUAUGCUACAAGCUCAACACCGAUGACUGCCCAAGCAUCGCGACGGAGUACGGGAUAAGGAGUAUCCCAACAGUGUUGUUCUUCAAGAAUGGGGAGAGAAAAGAGAGCAUCAUUGGUGCUGUGCCCAAGUCCACACUCACUGCUACUAUUGAGAAGUAUUUGGAGAUCUAAACAGGGAUUGCUCCGUUUGUGUCCAUAAUAUGUUGCUUGUAUUCAGAAAUUCUUCAUUUUGUAAAUUGUAAUAUGUUGUUACGCAGUGCCAAAUAUAUGGGGAGAUUGUUUCUGACUUGAACCAAAA